AUGGAAGUCAACGUAACUCAGUAUACUCUGACUAUGGAUAGUAUGACAACCACACAAGCUAAUACAACUGCCAUGACUACGACCAGUUUACCAGAAUUGAUGGCAGGCCAUGUUACAAGCAGCUAUCCACGACUGGUAGUUACACUUAUACUGACUUCGAUGUCUAGUAAUAGUUCCAUGAAUUCUACAUCAAACUACGGGCCAUCACAUUAUGAGUAUUAUAUCAUCAUUCCGUUUCUCACCAUCAUAAUUGGUUUGUCCAUUGUCGGAUUGCUUGGAAAUCUUUUUACCAUUAUUGUGAUUGUGCACAAUAAAAAUAUGCGCACCACAACCAAUUAUUAUCUUCUGAGUUUGGCUGUGUCCGAUUUCCUCGUUUUUCUUCUAACCAGCCCGACUGAAAUUCUCUCGGUUCUCCAGAUGUAUCCAUGGGUUCUCGGUGACUUUUUGUGCCGCACGCGUUACUACUUUAUCGAAGCAUGUACGUACACAACCGUGUUGAACAUAACUACUUUUACAGUGGAGCGGUAUAUUGCAAUUUGCCACCCGAUUAAGGCCAAGACAAUGAUAAAGAAAUCUCGAGUUAUCAAAAUUAUUGUCCUAAUCUGGAUUAUUUCGUUCAUAAUUGCCUUACCUGCAGCGACAGUAUUUAUCGUUCAAGUUAUGGAUGCAUCAAAACCACAACUGUCUGUGAUGUGUUUCUACAAGAGUGACCACGCCAGAGAGAUGCUUGAUAAAUUUUACAUCUACAGUGCAUUAGUGCUCUUCGUUAUUCCAAUGACGUUGAUUAGUAUUCUUUAUAGCCUUAUAGCAAGAGUACUAUCACGCUCUGAACUCAAAGACGGACAGAGAAAUUCCAGUUUCAAGCGACGUGGCAAUUGCAAUGGGCGACUCAAAACAAGUAGCUUUCGAGUUGAUGCCACAACAAGACGAAGGAAGCAAGUUGUCAAAAUGUUGGUUAGUUCAGCAGCAUUAUUAUUAUUCGAGGAACAAGACCUAGAGAUGGAGCCAUCAAUGAAAAGAGAUCAGAUAUUCGUACCACAAGAUGACGACAACAGUGUGAAAAUAGUGGACGAAGAUGAAGAUACAGAUGAGCUGUUAACAAUUGAAGACGAUCUCGAUAAACUGCUUAAACUAGACAAAGCCACCCCCAAGAAGUCGCCAAAACCUCAGCUAUUACCUAAACCUAAACCUCCACCAAAACCAACUGCUGAGACAAAAAAUGUGGCCAAGGAUGAAAAAGAAGACCUGUUCUCCAUGGCGACAGGAGAUGCGAGUGGUGGAUUUGGACAGGAUGAUAUAAUGAAGUACAUCAAAGACAACACCGAUGAAAAAGAAGUUACCCUAGAUUUAUUUUAA